UAAUUGGUAGUUUUAAGGUCAUAAAGUGUUGUGCAUAAAAAAAACUUUGCGCCGUUGUUGCUGCCUUAUCUGGAGUAAAUUAAUAAUAAAUGCUGGUUUUCUUGUGGUUACUUAAAAAAACAGCUGGUUCUCUGGUGGUUACUUCAUUAUACUGGUGGUUCUCAGGUGGUUACUUCGAAAUACUGCUGUUUACUGCUGGUGACGGCUGCAUGCUCUGGUUCCUCCUACUUUUAGUAUCUACGUUUGUUUUUAGCUAUAGUCAGUAUUUUUUAACAACAAAAUGGUGAGAUGCCUAUCGAAAAAGUCUCCGUGGAACACAAAUUUGGCAUAAUAUCUCAAGUUCACCAAGGCAAAUUGCAGAAAAGGCUCAAAAGUAGAAAUGGCAAAUGCACAGCUAAUGCUCUGAGAAAUGAGAAAGAAGAUGGAAGGCAAAUUACAAGUGACAGCUUAGAUGCACUAAUAUAUAAUAUUAGUACUGAAUCUGAUGAAUUGAAAUUGCAUGAUUUGGAGAAAAAAGCCAUUGAUUUCCUUGGAAAAAUUAAGUACGAGUUAUCAUCUGUUAAUAAUAAAACUGUUUGGAAUGUGUAUCAAAAAUGUUGGAACGAUUUGUCCAUGCUGACUACCAGUACUAAUUCCAUUGUGCAGAAAGUCUCACUGGAUAUCUUAAAGGAGUCCUUAUCCACUGCUCCACUAUCUAAACAGCUGAUCAUAAGGCUUCUUGAGAUUGGUUUAACAAGUUUACAAAGUUAUGUGCAAUAUGGAGGAGAGAGAGCGCUGUUACCGUUAUCUGCAAGUAAUUUAUCGUUGAAACUGGAGACUUCUUUUCGAAUAUUUGUCCGACUGUAUUAUCAUAAUUUGGCAUCAGAUAUAACCAAGGAGCAUGCGCACUUGUUAGACGCGUUGUAUCUAAUUAAUAAAGGUGUAAAGGCGACACUGAACUUUUAUGAAGAGGACCCAAGUAAUUACAUCCUUCUCAAGUUAGUUUGUACUAUGGUGUGUGAAAUCUGUAAAGAUAAAGUAAAAGUUGAAGAUGAAGAUGAUAAUCAUUCAGGUGAAAACAUAAUUGGAGAUAAAAUUAUGAAAGAGAGAGAUGAAUCUUCUCAAAGUAAAUCACUCAUUUCAAAAUUUCUAUGGAACUCUUUAAAGAUUUGGAAAAGCUUAACAAGAAAAACGCGACUCGAUGGUUCAGUUUUAAAGGAAAUCCGUGAUGUUGAUCUGAGCGAAGUUAAUGAUGAAAAUUGGUUGGAUUAUGUACUGGGAUUUCAUAUUUUUUGUGAAUGCGCCAAAUCAAAAGAAGAGUACGCGUUGUUCUUUUUGCAGCUCGGUACAAGUUCCAACUAUGUACCUUCAAAACAGCGGAGGAACAUGUUACGGAAAGAUGAUCUAGUUGAACAGACAUGGAGUUGGGAACUUCUUGCUGUUUAUUUACGUUGCUUGGCUGAUCUCUCUACACGUGGACUGAGUGUGGACAUCAAAAAGUUAUCCUUGUUUGGUGAUAAUCAGGUUUAUGGUUUAAUUGAUUACUUGGGUUGUACUGCGAAAGAAACGUUAUGGAAAGUUCGUUACGGUGCGUAUUCACUUUUACGAGAUGUUUACGAGCAGUUCAAAGCUGAACAACAUUCGGAAGGAUUGAUGAACGCGACGUGGCAUCAGAUGUCACAAUACGAAAAACAGGAAAAAGACGCACGUAUAUUACGCAUGUCAAAAGAUGAGAGAAAGGAGGGAUCAUUCACAACAUCUGGUAACCUGUUUACACGAAUUGCUACAAACCUAUCCAUUAUAGCCUUACCGCCCUCUUCGCCAAAAAAACAAGAAACAGAAGAAUUUAAACAGAAAACCACAAUUCGUUUAAAAGAAGAAAGUCAUACCGAGUUACCAGUGGAAAAACCAUACAGGGGCGACGAAGCUUCGUUCAACAAAAGGGACGUCACAAAAAUUAAAGAUAGAUACCAGAAACAAUCGUGGAAAGAUGUCAAGAGUUUGGUCUCGGUGUAUUAUGAAAACGAGUUGGAAGAAGAUGAGAAGGAGAGGGAAUUGUUACGGAAGGAGAACGAGGAUAAUGAGCAAAAUUCAAAGUAGUUUUGUUUUAAUGUUAAGAUGUAACAACUUCGUUCCCAGGGCAUUUUGCCUGAUUAAUUUGUCUGUAAUAACAGCUCAGGGGUUAGGAUACCCUGGGGACGAAGAUAAAGUUGUAUAAUAUUUUCCUUAGUUCACUUUUUGGUUCUAAAUAACCCAAUAAAUCAAUAAAGACCCUUUUCCUAACCGUCGCCCAGCAUUGUAACCCCCAAAUGUCACGAAGCCAUUAUGUACUAGUAUCGAGGUAGGGUGGGUCUGUUACACAUUUUGUGUGAGUAGAGUUUCAUGUGAAAAGGUACACAAACGCUGUUCUCCAAAAUCGAUAAUGAAAAACGAAUGUCUCCUACACAGUGUGAACCACAGGACUUCUUUUAAGAACAUCGCGCCUUCUGCGAUCUUAAAAAUCCUUUGGUACGUGUUUGGUUUUAUAUUCCGUAUUUAUCCUGUUGUGAAUAGUUCAUAGAUUUAUUCGAAUGUAUAUUUUUUAUGAUUUACAUGUAAGUUAUAUAUUUAUAUUUUCGCAAUUUAACUCAUCCUUUAUUC